UUUUUUGGCCCUCUUUUGUCAUGGGGGUUCGCGUGUGAAUGGCCUUCUUCCACAAAGGCAAAACAAUCCACAGCAAAAUCUUCACCCCCCAUCCGAUUAGGGUUUAGGGGGCCACUCCUCCAGUGUCUCGCUCGCUCACUUCCUUCGAUUGGGUUGGGGUUUUCAAUGUCUGCGACUUCAUCCGUGGAACCUGGCGCCGAAGACUAGACACUGCGAAGCUGCUUCAUCUCCCUUGCGGUUCUUGCUUAACUUCGAGAGUUGAGAUCGAUUCUUUUUCUUUUCUGCUAUUCCUUCGUUCCGAUGGCGCCGAGCCGCAGGAAAUCUGCCGGGAAGGCUGCCGCCGCCGCAGCCGCUCGACGACAGUGGAAGGGCGGGGUCAAAGGAUUUCCUGCCUGGCCUGCUACGGUUAGCGAGCCAGAAAAGUGGGGCUAUUCAGCCGAUUGGAAGAAAGUAUUGGUUUACUUUUUCGGAACUCAGCAGAUAGCUUUCUGCAAUCCUGCCGAUGUCGAAGCAUUUACUGAGGAGAAGAAACAAUCAAUUUUGACGAAACGCCAUGCUAAAGGUUCAGAUUUUGUUCGUGCUGUAAAGGAGAUUAUAGAAAGUUAUGAGAAGCUGAAGCAGCAGGAGCUACCUAAUGAUAAAAAAGCUACUGGAGAAGUGACUCUUGCAAGUGGUGGGAAUACUGUAGAACCUUCGCAAGUCAGUGAAAAUCUGACUGGAGCAAGUCUUGAAACACAAUUAAAGUCAGAUUCUAGUCAAGGUAGAGAUGAAUCGACGCUGCUCAGUGAAGAUGCUUCGGCUGCUGAACAAAUACUAGCCCUGCGUGAUAACAGUUUAGCCUGUGAGCAGACCUGUGAUAGUACAGAUAAAGAACCACCUAAGAUAGCUACCUAUUCUUCGAGGAAAAGAAAUGGAAGGGCACGGUAUCAAAAGUGCACUCAACAGAAAAAGGUGCUGUCUCUUCAGUGCUCUAAAAGUUCAUCAAGGUUGGAGUUGGAUCGGCGUCAAGACUCGUUGCAAUAUAAAGAUAAUGGUCAAAGUGUCGAUGACAUGGAUGAUGGAGGUUUAAGAAGGAGAAAUCGGAUCAGGAGAUCAUUCGGUCAUUCUGAAUCAGAUGAUGUUGAUUUAUCAGCUUUAAAUUCAAAUGGAAGUGAUGAAGAAAAUGCUUCUGAAAUUGCUACAGUUGAAUCUGGUAAUAAUAUUAGGAAUGAAAGCAAUGGUGUAGAUUCAAGUCCCAAAGUUGAACAUUCUGAUGUUGGUGGUCCGUGUCAUGAAGGAGAUCAUGAAGUCAGCAAAGGGCUUGAUUUUCAAGUUAAUACUAUGGUUGUGAGGAAGAAGAGGAGGCCAACCAGAAAGCGUGGAAAGAGUGACAAGGACAUGAGGGAAGAGGGGCAAGGAGGAUCUAAUGACUGCCAGACAUCACAGAAUUCAGGUGAAAGUUUAAAUGAGAGACCAUCAGAAGAAAAUGGUGACGAGCAUUUGCCACUGGUGAAACGAGCUAGAGUCAGGAUGAGCAGAAUAUUUUAUGCUAAUGACGAGGCCAAUGGCUCUUCGCAGGUUGAAGUAAGAUCACCUAAGGAUACAGGAGUCGAAGCAACAGUGCAGACAAGCCCAUCAUUAAAUCAGGGCAAUGAUGUUUCUAGUCAUGAAGUGUCUGCUAAACUCUCAGGUGAUACUGCUGAUGUAGUACCAUCUUCUGAGAAGAAACCUUCUGAAAGUAUGUCUCCUUCUUCUAAGUCUUGCGAACAGAUUGUUGGCGAGAAAGAAACUGCUUUGAAGUUCAGGUGGAGCGAGACUAGCAAGUCACCAGACUAUAAAACAGCCCAAAUGCAAUCUAAGCAAUUUAGCAGUUUGCCGGAUGGUGAAGCUCUGACAGCCAGUGCUGCUGGUAUAGUUCGAAUCGUGACUUUGCAAAGCUGUGAGUCUGAUCAUCCUGUUGUGCAAAACUUUCAUCACAAUGAUAAAAUCGACGCUCCUUUUGAGACCGAUACUGUGGCUUCAUCUAUGGUGAAGUAUGGAUGUUACUCUCAUUUGGAUACAACAGGAUCUGGGUUGCCUUCUCAUUCUGCUGACCAGCGGCAAAGUUGCGGCCAUUCACUAUUCGGUUCUGGAUAUUCUCCUAAUGAUAAAAGUGAUAAAAAUGAUGAUCGCAUGGUCCAUGUUCAAUCUGAAACUGUUCAUCAUUCUCCAUCAUCCUGUCUAAUGGUGGAUAAACAAGAGGCUGAGAAAACUCCAUUGAAGGAGGAGCAUAAAAGUCCAACUAAAGAACUUGGUAUUGUCAAUCAAACUCUCACCAGUCAGAAUCAGGUCCUUUCUAGAAGUGAGAGUGAUAUGUCAGUUGAAGAAGCCGAACCUCCAUAUGAAACAGGGUUUGAGGAUGCUGUUGCGAAUCACAGGCAACCGGAAAAACUCUGUGAGACUGAAAAAGAAAGGAAGGAACAGAUCCAGACCGCCCAUUCUGUUUCAUUGUCUGAAAACCGUUCAGGUGAAAGAAUGAGUCUAUCUCCUGCUAAUAUUGCAGAAUCCCCUGUGAGGGGCACUCCACAUAGCAACUCAGUUUGCCACAUCUCAACUGCAGAAAGUGCAAAUGUUAUGCAGAACAAUGGGAGUUGUAGUUCCAAUGUUCAUUCCAGUGAGAAGAAAAUUUUGGGAGAUCCUAGUGUCAAUGAAGGAGAGAAGAUUGAAACAGGAACAACUCAGGGACACAAAGUUGUCAGUUCUGAUAUGCAAUCCACCCUUGAAUCAUUUGAGAGUGCUCUUGGUUCGUUGGUCAGAACAAAGGAGAGCAUUGGGCGAGCAACUCGAUUGGCGAUGGACUUGGUGAGAUUUGGUGUCUCUGCAAAGGUGAUGGAAGUCUUGGCUCAUACUUUGGAAAGUGAGUCAAAUUUACAAAGGAGGGUGGACUUGUUUUUCCUUGUUGAUUCUAUUGCUCAGUGCUCUAAAGGCCUGAAAGGUGAUGUUGGUGGUGUUUAUCUUUCAGCCAUUCAAGGUAUGCUGCCUCGUUUAUUGGCUGCAGCUGUCCCUGCUGGAGCCACCACACAAGAAAACCGGAGGCAGUGCAUAAAGGUUAUGAAGCUUUGGCUUGAGAGACGGAUCCUUCCCGAUUCUGUUAUCCGCCACCAUAUAAGAGAACUUGAUUUGCAUGAUAUUGCUCCUGCUUGCCUCUACUCGCGUCGCUCAGCUCGGACAGAAAGAGCAUUGGACGAUCCUGUGAGAGAUAUGGAUGGUAUGUUGGUGGAUGAAUAUGGAAGUAAUUCAAAGCUCCAGCUUCCGGGGUUUUGCAUGCCUGCCAUGCUAAAGGAUGAGGAGGACGAAGGAAGUGAUUCUGAUGGAGAAGAUUUUGAGGCUGUCACCCCAGAGCACGAUUCCGGAAUCCCUGAAAAACUUGUCACAGCUUCCACAGCUGAAAGGCAUACACGUGUAUUGGAAGAUGUUGAUGGCGAGCUUGAGAUGGAAGAUGUGGCUCCGUCUUGGGAAGCUGGGAGAAGCACAUACACUGUUCAAGCUGAUACUGCAGAGUCUUCCAAUACUCAGAUUGAACCGCAGCUUCAGUCCAUCUCUGGGGCUUCACACCAACAUGUGACCUCAUCAUCUCCACCUCCCCCUUCGCUCCAUGCUCAGUGCCUCUUGUCUGAUUCCUACUCGAAUGGCUUCGAUUGUGGUGGUUAUCCUGGCAUGCAUGGAGAUCAUCAGGCUGCUCCUCCAAGGAUGAACCCACCAAUUCCUGCAAGUACUAUGCAUUUUCAAGGACCUGAGUCAUCUUAUAGUAGUUCAGGUAUACCACCAACAACUGGCAUGCCACAGGGCGAGGCUUCUGAAUUCCAGCAUAGGCCUUUUCCUCCUCAUCAUCCUCCACCACCACCUCCGCCUCCACAUCAAUACUCGUAUACGCAGCCAGGCCACCGUUUGAAGUCUCGAAGAGAUGGUCCUCCAUACUAUCACAGAUCUCAUUAUAUGCCAAGUUCUGACGAAAGGAAUUUUCAUGAUAACCAUGAGAGAACGAGACCGGCACCAGGCAACAACAGGGACAGUUGGAGAUAUCAACCACCUUCUUCUUAUGGUCCGAGGUAUCACGACAGACACAAAGGCCCUUACCCUCCAGGUGAAUACGGUGGCUCUGGAAGGUUCCAGAACCAUAGGUGGAAUUAUCCUCCGCGUCCCUACAAUAACAGACGCUCGUUUCACUACAAAACACAUUCGGAGGGUCCUGUUCCAGUUGGGAUGAGAGAUCAAGGCAUGUGGCAUCAGAGGUGAGGACGAGAAUCUUUCUUUUCUUUUCUUUUUUGGGGUUGAGGUGGGUCGUAAUGUGGCAGAGAGAGAGAGAGAGAGAGAGAGAGAGAGAGAGUGGG